AUGAUUGCGUUUAAAGCGAUUUUGGAUGCUCGUUCAAGUAGAAAAAAGAUUAAUUCGAAAAUGAAAAAAAAGAAGAUAUUGUGUACGGAAGUAGAAGGAAACAUGAAUAGGAAUUGGAACUGUGCUGAUAAUCCGAUUGAAAUUGAAGAUGAUGAAGAUUAUAUGAAGAAUCAAAUUGAGAUACAUUCCAGUAAAUCAUGGAAGAUUAAAAAAGAUCCAGAAGAAUUGGCAGAUGACGUUAUUUCAAAUGUGAAGAAGGCAAUUGAGAUUCAUUCUAGUAAUUCUUUGAAGCUUAAGAAAGAUAGAAUUGAUGAUGUACUUAGCAAGGGGAAAAAAUCAAUGAAGAUGUGA